AUGUCAGCAACGCCUCGCAAGCCUGGAACCCCCGGCAGCAAAUCAUCGACCGCAGAUCCGCCCUCAACCAACGGGUCCACCACACGAGGACAUGCACGCUCGCCCAGCGCUGCUACCAACGGCCUCAACCGCUCUCCUUCCCUUCGAGGUUCAACGCCUGUCUCUGCGCGCGCCGCUGCACGAAAACCCGGCCGAUCAAACCUGAGCAUGUCCAACGUCCCGCGCAUUAACAACGACCCCUCCGACGAGGAGGCGCGGGCCCAAAAUGCCGCUCUCAUUGAGGAGCUGCGGGCGCAGCUCCAGAAGGCCGAGACGGCUUCUGAGCAAUAUCAGAAGCAACUGGGUGUUUUGCAAAUGCGCCUCGACGAGGCCGUUAGUGAGCAAGGAAAGCUGGAGGACCAAGCCCAUGAGAAGGAUACUCGACUGGAGGCGUUGAAUAGCGAGAUUCGGGAUCAGGCCCGCCAGAUUCGGGAUCUUGAACAGAACCAUGAGUUGGAGCGGAAUGCGAUGCUGCAGGAGAAGGAGCAGCAGACAAGUCGGGAGGAAGAGUUGCAGGCCACUAUCCAGCGGUUAAAGGACUCGGUGGCGCAGAAGAGCAUGCCCGUAAACGCAGAGGGUGAGCGUCAGAUUUCCAGAUCCUCGAGCUUCCGUAACAGAUCUUCGCCCGAUGUCGAUGGCCAGUUCGCCCCUUCGUCGCAUCUCGAGCGCAGCCCCUCCCGCAACAACUCCAACCUUCUUCUCCAGAAAGAUAAGCUUAUCGAGUCUUUGCGACUCGAACUGGCUGAACACCAGAUCAAGUUGGUGGAGAUGGAGAAUGCAGGUGGAGGUCGGCAACGUGAGCUCGAGAAGGAUCUUUUGGAGGCUCGGAUGGCGAACGCUCGUCUCAUGGAAGAUAACGAGAGCUAUCAACUCUUGCUUAGCGAGAAGACUCUCACGGGAGACUUCCAUAAGGGUGACUUUAUGCAGCAUGCUCAUCCCGAUAAGCAGUCUAGCAGUGGAUUAGGCUCUCUCGCAGACGAACUCGAGUCUGUCGAUGAAGCGCCAGAGACCGAAGCCAGUGGCAAGUUGGACGCCGAGGUCAAGGCUCUCAGAGAUCAGAACAAGGCUCUGACACUCUACAUCGAGCGGAUUAUUAGCCGCGUGUUGCAGCAUGACGGUUUCGAGCACGUUCUUGACCGGAAUGAGGAUGAAGGUGGUUCCAAGGCUACCAAGCUCGGAGAGAAGGAGUUGCCCCCUACGCCUCCAGAGAAAGAUGAUGCAUCCAGCCAGUCCUUCGUACAGCGGGCGAAAUCUGUUAUUGCAGGACCUCCUCGCUCCCAGCCUCGAUCCCGCCCAACCAGCAUGAUGCCCCCUCCCUCAUUACCACACACCAGUGCCAACGAGAACCCGGAUACGGCACCUAGCAUCCCAAUCCGAACUCAGUCAGUGCGAGCUAGCCACCGUCGUACUCGCUCAGAGCAAGUCGAUCCUAAUGCUGCCUCUGUUGUCGGGCACAUGUACCGCGGCCGGAACUCUGGUGGACCGAUGAGCCCGACUGGCAUGGGUCCCGGGUCGCGACAAAGCAUGUUCUCCGGCGCUGCCAGCUAUAUUUCCAGCCGCGCGCCAUCAAUGUCAAGUCAACCGGAUCGUGGUGGACGCAGCAGCUCGCCUAGUGUGAUCAGCGACAUCCACGGCGACACCAACUCAACGGGAGCCACUUCGAGCCCUCCUCGCUCUAGCAGCGGCAUGAACAACUACACAGGCGCAGUGAUGACGCAGAAUAAACUGCGGCCCCUGCGUUUGGUCAGCGACGCUGCCAAGCAGGAAGAGGAAGAGGCCGCUCGCAAGAAAGCCAACCGCGCGAGCUGGAUUCCGGGUUGGUUCAAGGGUCCCACUAACCCGGACGAGCAGCCACAGUCGCAGCCGCAGCCUUAG